UACCUCUUCCCUCUCCACUCUUCACACUCCCGCCCAUGCUCUCGCAUCCGCGCCGCCUCAGAUCCGUUAAUCGCGUUCUUUUUGUCAGACAGGGUGACCAGCGGCGUUUCCGUUGCUGUUGCCGUUGCGUGCGUGAACUUACUCGCGCCACCCGUCAGUGCUAUCUUUGGAAUCAUCAUCGCCGUUGGGCGCGCUGCCGGCGGGAGUAGGAGCACCCUCGGGAGCGGUAGCGGUAGCGGCAGUGACAGCGGCUGGGGUGGGGUGGGGGUAUUUCCGGGAGGGUUCAAAGUGCGAGACCUAGCCCUGGACAAGUCGGCGACGAGAGAAGAUACAUCCAGGGUGCGGGUGACGACGUGGUCCUCGCCGGGGGCUGGUCCGUGGGUUGUGACGGUGGCGAUGAAGGGGAAUUCGCGGUCUCGGCCGGGGCAGACGGGGCAGAAGGGGCAGACGACUGGGGUUUGGCUGGGGGCGGGGGCGGUGAUGGUGGUGGUGAUGGUGGUGGUGAUGGCGGGGCAGGUUGGGAUGGCGGCGUGCGCUGGGAGGACAGCGGGGCCCGGAGAGGCGAGGGAGAGGGCUGUGAGAGGAGGCAUGGUGGUGUGGAGUUUCGUUGAUACUUUCUUGAUCGUGUCUUAUCUGAAGGAGGAGGGAGAAGGGAGGGUUGUGAGAGAAGAAAGUGUGUGAGGUGGGCGUUUUAUAGAGAGAGAGAGGAAAUGGGCGAGGGGCAUGACUUGUUUAUACGGCGUGUGCCCAUGGUGUGUGUGGAAGCAAGGCGGGUGGCAAUUACGAUCUAGAAGCCAGAUGGGGCUUGGGUGCUGAGGCUGGGGAGACGUAGGUGAAUAUAGCGGUUGAUUUGGGAGGCUGAGGAUAAUGGGCCGCGAUGGAGUAACUAACGCUGGACCGAUGGGCUUCUGAUGGUCUGGCCCGAGGGAGGGUUUUCAGUUUCAUAGUACUAAGACAAUCUCGCAAGUCUCCUUACGCCUGCAUAAAACCGGUAUGGUGCGUU